AUGUGGCUCAACGUUGGCUUUUGGAAGAACAACCCAAGUUCCUUCCAAGAGGCUUGUCAGCAUCUAUUCGAGGAAAUUCUCUCUGAAGCUGGGAUCUCCAAGGAUUGCUCUCACGACUUCUCGAUUAUCGAAGUUGGAUGCGGAUGCGCUGAAACGGCCUUCUUCAUGCGUGGACAUCUUCCGCACAGGUUGCGUGAUUAUAUCGGCAUCACCAUCAAUGAUUCUCAAGCAAAGUAUGCGAAGGACAGACUCCAGAGUCUGGUUGAUGAUUGCCUUCCUAUGUGGGAAGGUCGGGAAUCUCCACUAAAUGAAGUUUUCAAAGCCGAUGCAGCAGACCCCGAUACUUGGCCAAGCCACGUUCACGACACGAUUGAUCGGCUUAUACGGUAUCAACAAGGCCCUAAGAAUAAUGAAAAAAUUCAGUCGGAUAUUUGGCUACUCGCUAUUGAUACCUUGUAUCAUUUCAAGCCGAGCCGACAUGGGAUCCUGAAGUUUGCACAUCAAGAAAUUGGCGCCUCUUUCAUGGCAACGGACAUCAUCAUUUCAUCGUCUUUAUCGAUCUGGAACCGCAUUCUGUUGAGGAUUUUGUUCUAUUUUCUCUAUGUUCCUUGGACAAACAUUCUCACUCGCGAAGAAUAUGUUAGCAUGCUGGCUGCAUGUGGUUACGAGAAGGAAAAUAUUCAGAUCCGUGACAUCACAGACCAUUGUUUCCCUGGCUAUGACCAAUUUCUUGCUAGGCAAGGCCGAGACUGGGAGAGAAUUGGAGGAUCCCCCGCGGUAUUUCGCCCAAUGCUAUUGAUGGGCAGAGUCACUGCGUGGUGGGCCAGAUCGGCUACAAUCCGCGAGUGCAUAAUCAUCGCAAAGAAAUCUGGUCCAGUACCAUAA